AUGCAGUCAGGAAUUACAGUCUCCGCGGAGCUACAAGAUGCAUUCACCCGCUUCAACUCCGACUCCUCAACCUUCUGUUUGCCGGUAACCAUCACAGCAGAGACCCUGACACCGCUGGCCCCGAUCUCCUUCCAGGGAAGCCCCUCGAUAAAUGCCUUCUUUUCAGCCCUCCCACAGCUGUCCUCCGUCCUCCAGCCUAAAACUCCCAUCUACCUCCUCCUCCGGCGCCCAUCGACCGCCUCAAAUGCACUCAUCGCUUUGACCUAUAUCCCGUCUAAUGCGCCCGUGCGAGCAAAGACGCUCUUUGCGUCGACUCGCUCGACGCUGACCCGCGAGCUGGGCACGGAGAAGUUCGCUUCGACCGUCUUUGCUACCGAGGAAGACGAGAUCCUGGGCCAGGAUGCGUGGCGCGAGCGUGAUGGCGAGGGCCCCAAUGCCAUCUCUCGUGAAGAUAUGAUGGGCGAGAAGGAGAGAGAGCUGGAGGCUGUUCGUAAGGCCGAGGCCGAGGCACGGAAUGGCACCCCCGGGAGGGAUAUUGGCAUUGGCGGCACUUUUGGACCUGGCUCUGGCUCCGGAAUGAGGGUCUCUAUGCCGGUUGACGAGGGUGCUAAGUCUGCACUGAGAGAUCUACAGGAUGGUGGGCUGGUACAACUUACGGUUGAUAUUCCUACGGAGAAGAUCGUCCUGGCCGACUCCCAGUCUGGAGUUGAGGCAAGCUCUGUCGCCGCGCACAUUUCCUCCUCUUCGCCGCGUUAUUCUUUCUAUCAUUACCCCGGAUCCGAUGUCGUGAUCUUCGUGUACACCUGUCCCACUGGAUCUUCGAUCAAGGAGCGUAUGCUGCACGCCAGCUCGCGGAGAAACGCCAUCACAGUUGCUGAGCAGGAAGGACUCAAGAUCGAGAAAAAGAUCGAGGCCUCUGGCCCUGACGAGAUCACCGGUGAUCGGUUGCAAGAGGAAGUCACCCCGCCACGAGACCAGGGUCCUGCGCGAGGAUUCGCCAGACCUCGUCGCCCCGGCCGGUAA